AUGACCAGCCGAGGAUCCUUGCCGUACACCUACCAGGACCUCUUUCCACACACGGCAACUUCUGCGCGCGAACAGGCAACGCCAGCGCUGAUAUCUGCAGCGUCUUUCACAGACACGCUCCGCAGCGGGAACCACCAUUUGACGCCGGCCCGAAACCUCGGGCCAGAGGCAUCCACAUGGGCACACUGGCGCAAAUUGGCCAAGCGGUUGGUGCGGCCCAAAACGCUCGAUUUUGAGACCGCGACAUGGGAAGUGUUCCACCUAAUAGUCAACCCGCGCAAGAUGUACCGCUCAAACUACACGUACAAGCACAGCGGCAAGCAGCUGUAUCUGCGGGACGACCCGUCGUUCUUGAUCCUCGUGACGGGGUUUUUGGUGGUCAGUGCCAUAGCGUGGGGUGCCACCUAUCUGCCCAGUGUGUGGGACAUAGUCAAGCUUGUAGUCACGAUGGUUGUGUUUGAUUUCUACGUGUCGGGCGCCGUAAUUGCGACGAUCGCGUGGAUCGUGUCCAACAAGUUGUUCAACCCGUCGUUCAGUGUGUUCACCGCGUUUCUGCGGGCAUCGAGGCUCAACAUCAAUUACAUCGACUGGGCGUUCUGCUUCGACAUCCACUGUAACUCGUUCCUUGUCAUCUGGUGCCUGCUCUACUUGGUGCAGUUUUUUCUUCUUCCGAUCCUCACCAUCAAGGACUCGUUUCUCUCCAUGUUGUUGGGAAACACUCUAUACUUCGGGGCGGUGGGCCACUACUUCGUGGUGACGUUCUAUGGCUUCAACUCGUUGCCUUUUGUUAGCAAUUCCUACUAUACGCGGGACGCCUCGUCGACCACAACAAAUCCUGCGCGUAUUCUCCAAAUGACGAUUCUUGCGGGCGUGAUCCCGGUGCUAGCGAUCGCCUGGUUGUUGAGUGUGCUCUUCCACUUCAACGUUGCAUAUACCAUGGUACACAAUUACUUUGACUAG